UCAGCUCUGGGGCAGGCAGCAGCGCGCGGGCUAGAGGGCUGAGUGGGGUUCCGCGCUGGGCGCACGGCUCGGGGAACCAGGCCUGGUCACCUUCGUCCGGGGCCCGGGUUCGACUCCCACUUCCGAGCAGUGAAAGGCAGGUAGGCAGGAGCCAUGCAGUCCGAAUCCGGGAUCGUGCCGGAUUUCGAAGUCGGGGAGGAGUUUCACGAAGAACCCAAAACCUAUUACGAACUCAAAAGUCAACCUCUGAAGAGCAGCAGUUCUGCGGAGCAUCCUGGGGCCUCCAAGCCUCCGAUAAGCUCCUCCAGUAUGACAUCACGCAUCUUGCUACGCCAGCAACUCAUGCGUGAGCAGAUGCAGGAGCAGGAGCGCAGGGAGCAGCAGCAGAAGCUGCAGGCGGCUCAGUUCAUACAACAGAGAGUGCCCGUGGGUCAGACACCAGCUAUAAACGUCAGCGUGCCCACCACCCUUCCCUCUGCCACCCAGGUGCCGAUGGAAGUCCUUAAGGUGCAGACCCACCUCGAAAACCCCACCAAGUACCACAUACAGCAAGCCCAAAGGCAGCAGGUAAAGCAGUACCUUUCUACCACUUUAGCAAAUAAACAUGCCAACCAAGUCCUGAGCUUGCCAUGUCCAAACCAGCCUGGCGAUCAUGUCAUGCCACCGGUGCCGGGGAGCAGCGCACCCAACAGCCCCAUGGCUAUGCUCACUCUUAACUCCAACUGUGAAAAAGAGGGAUUUUAUAAGUUUGAAGAGCAAAACAGGGCGGAGAACGAGUGCCCAAGUAUGAACACGCACACUCGCGCAUCGUGCAUGCAGAUGGAUGAUGUAAUUGAUGACAUCAUUAGCCUGGAAUCAAGUUAUAAUGAAGAAAUCUUGGGCUUGAUGGAUCCAGCCUUGCAAAUGGCAAAUACGUUACCUGUCUCUGGAAACUUGAUUGACCUAUAUAGCAACCAGGGUCUACCACCUCCAGGUCUCACCAUCAGCAACUCAUGUCCAGCCAAUCUUCCCAACAUAAAAAGGGAGCUCACAGCGUGUAUUUUCCCCACAGAGUCUGAAGCAAGAGCACUGGCUAAAGAGAGGCAGAAAAAGGACAAUCACAACUUAAUUGAACGAAGAAGAAGAUUUAACAUAAAUGACCGUAUUAAAGAGCUAGGUACUUUGAUUCCCAAGUCAAAUGAUCCGGACAUGCGCUGGAACAAGGGAACCAUUUUAAAGGCAUCCGUGGACUACAUCAGAAAGCUGCAACGAGAGCAGCAACGUGCAAAGGAACUUGAAAACCGACAGAAGAAGCUGGAGCAUGCCAAUCGGCACCUCUUGCUCAGAAUACAGGAACUCGAAAUGCAGGCUCGAGCACACGGCCUUUCCCUCAUCCCAUCCACUGGCCUCUGCUCACCGGAUUUGGUGAACCGGAUCAUCAAACAAGAACCAGUUCUUGAGAACUGCAGCCAAGAACUUCUGCAGCACCAGGCGGAUCUGACUUGUACGACAACCCUUGAUCUCACGGACGGCACCAUAACCUUCACCAACAACCUCGGGACUGUACCUGAGAGCAGCCCAGCCUAUAGCGUCCCCACAAAGAUGGGCUCCAAGCUGGAAGACAUCUUGAUGGACGAUACCCUCUCCCCUGUUGGUGUCACCGACCCACUCCUGUCGUCAGUGUCCCCUGGAGCGUCCAAAACAAGCAGCCGGAGAAGCAGUAUGAGCACAGAAGAGGCGGAGCAUGCGUGUUAGCGAGCCUGCCUUGCUCUGCCUCGCCACAAACUGCUUCUUCCCUCCAUCAGUGGACUUCAUUAUUUACCUGAAGGGGUUUUCUUGAUAAUUUUCCUUUAAUAUGAAUUUUUUCAUGCUUUAUCAAUAGCCCGGGAUAUAUUUUAUUUUUAGAAUUUUGUGAACUAGACUUGUAUAUUCUAUUUUACAACUACAAAGGCCUCCAAAGUAUUGUACCAUCUGCGUGCAGUAUCUGUGAACUGAAUUCUCGAAACGUGAACUUUCUGGAGCAAGAGGACUUUUGCAUCAGAGACGUGUCUAUCCGUUUCAUUCAGGGGAAAAUAAGGUUUGAGAUUUUUAUAUCUGUGACCUCCUUGGAAAUUAACAUGUAAAGUUUAACUAAAAGAAUGUAAAGCAGCCAAAAAAAAAAAAAAAAAAAAAAAAAAAAAAAAAAAAAAAAGAAAGAAGGAAGGAGGAAGAAGAAGCUGAAGAAGAAAAAGGUGGAAAAGACACCCAUUAAAAACCCUUUUCCACUUGAUAAAAGUAUUGACUCUCUGGUACUGCCUUAAAAACACAGUACCCGACUAGCAUCACUUAGUUUUUAUAUUGCAAACUGCUUAAAGGAAGAAUACAUUAUGUAAAGACAAAAAAGAAAAUAGCAGUCAUUUUCAUGAGGAUGAUCUGGUUAGAAAACAUGUUUUAUGCUAACCAAACUGAAAGGAGUUAGACCAAGGCUCAAAACAGAGGGUCUGAUCUUGCUGGCUUUGAUUCGGCCCAGUUAGUUUUCCUCAUUUACUGAGUGUGAUUCAGUUUCUUCAUAAGAUGUGUUUUAUUUUGAAAUGGUAAUGAAUGUCCUCCCUGAGUAAAAUAUCAAGGGAUACUGAAUGUUGGUUUUACUUUUUUUUUUUUUUUUCACUUUUGCUUUUAAUAAGACAGCCGAACUGGGCACAUUUCUAAUUGGCUUUACUAUUUUUAUUUUUAAAUUAUGUUUUAGUCAUUUUGAUUGUACAGAUUCUUUAUUAUCAUUGUUUUUUUCAAUGUUUGUUUUAAUUUGUAAGAAUAUGUAUCUUAAAAUGGCAAGUUUUCACUAUUUUUACAACUCACUGAUGGUUUUCUGCAUUCUUUGUACAUCCAUGAAAGAAAACUUUUAUGCAAGGUCUUGUGUUUAAAGAGAGCUUUGCAGAUAUUUUGUAUAUUCCAGUCUCACUUAAAACUGUUUUUCACCACAUUUAAGGUAUAGUAUUAAUAGAUUAAAAACCAGACUUUUUAGGAAAACAAAAUACAUACUUAUUUUUAAGAUAUGAAACUAACAAUAUACUUGGAGACUGAUAACCAUAGCAUACUAUGCUCACUAUGGUCAUUUAAAUUGGAAUUUCAACAAACUGGCUGGAUUUAAAGAAACACUGUAUUAGCAAAUUACUUGAUAACAAUGUUAUAAUAAGCAGCAGCGUCAUCAAGUUGGUUUCCGUGCAUUCCCUACUUGUGUAGCCCUAUACAAUCACAGUAGUUUCACAUGUACCAAGCCCAGAUGCUUUAUACUGAUGAUAGUGUUACAAGCCGGGCUAUGGAAUGGAGUUUCUCGGUAGCAGCCUACAACUGAAUAGUGAGUGGCAUAAAGCAUACCCUUUCAGAAUGAAGUGCCUUAAAUAUAGCAGCAGUCUUUUUUGGGCUAGCACUGACUGAACUGUAAUGUAGGAGAGAGUUUCAAGAUGGUAUCUGCAGUAAAGAGGAACAUGUAGCAUGAUGCUGGUGUAGACAUUAUAAGAGCUUCCAAUUUCCCUUCACAUAUUUUUAAUAUGAAAUAUAUUUUAGUGACAGUGCCAACUUCUUUCAUCAGGAAACCUUUUUCAGGAGGGUUUUUAAAAAGUGUUUAAAUGUCAAAUGUGAAUUGGUGAUGGAUGAUGGAGAGAAUCAAGGGGAGUGACUGUCAGAUGUGUGAAUGGAUGGCCUUAGUGAGAGUCAUCAGCUGUGCAGUUCCCAUGCAUGUUGGGGAGUGAGAGUCCUUGGAAAUAUUGACGCAAUGUUAUCAGUUUUGUAGCUUUAUUACUUAAGGGGGUAGGGAAAAUAAGUUCCCAUUCUUUCAACCCCCUUAAAUAUAUAACUCUUUUCCUAGAAUAGUGAUGCAAAUCUGCAUGAACAGCUAAUUGUACCAUAGUGUUCACCGAUACACAUAGCAUUGUCUAUUUUUCUCUUCAUAUUUAUAUAGGGGGAGAGGGCUGGAUACAGAAGUUGAAGAUCACAAUGCUAUGAUGGUAGUUUUUCUUAGCUGAUUCUGAGAGCUGUUUUUAAAUAACAGAACAUAGUUUCACAGGGCUGACUAACCCACAGCUGAGGGACUAUGGCUGUGGUGGAACAACUUCAUAGAAAGUUCUGUCGAGAGACAAUAUGGCAUACUGCACCACCGCCCUGACUCCUGCAGCUCUUGAACCUUCCUUUGCCUGCUCCCCUACCUCCUGAUGAGAGGUAGCUGCUGGGAAAGGCAGGUGAGCAAGCCAGGCAAAGGCUGCAAUGUGGGGGUGGUUUUAUUUCUUUCUUUUUUUGCCAGCCAGAGUGUGGAUUCUUUCAGGAACUGGUUAAGCCAAGAGGCAGUGGUUUUGGCUCACUGUUUUUAAGGAGAGACUGAUCCACGCCACUCCCCCACCCUGGGUGCAGAAUUGUGACUCAGGAUUGAUUGGACCUCCGCUUGGAGUGACCAAAAUACCAAAAUGACCUACCUGCCUCUGGGUAAGGCGAUGGAAAUACCAAACCUUCUGACUUUGCCAAAAAAACCAUACAACCAACCUGAUCAUACAUAGAGGAUGACAGUUCUUUCUGGUUGUUGGUAAACCAUAAAGCAAUAAGAACAAACAAAGUCCAUGGGACAUUGAAAGAUAAAAAGCACAAAGUAAUGCACUUCUUAAUAUUUUUAAAAAUGCACUGGGGAGAAGUUGAUAUUGAUAACAGUAUAAAAAACGGACUUCUUGAUAAAAAUGACAAAUGACUGUCUCUUGCGGACACUUGGUACUGUAAUGUUAAUAAUAGCCCCACUGUUGGGUGCAGCAAUACUUUCUGUAUGGUCCAUAGCACUGUAUAUUACGAAUUGAUAUUAAUGUAUCCAAUGACAUAAUUGAACUGUUGUUCUUAAUAGCCUCAUUAAAGCAUUUGGUUUUUCA